AUGCCUGCUCCCCCUCCUCCCCCUCCGCCGCCGCCGCCGCCCGGAGGUUUAGGUGGCCCUCCCCCGCCGCCUCCUCCAGGAGGAAGCCUGCCUGCUAGGCCUUCGAAGAAUGAGGUGAAAGGUCGGGGCGCGUUGCUAUCAGACAUCCAUAAAGGCACUCGAUUGAAGAAGGCCGUCACCAAUGAUCGAUCAGCACCACAACUUGCAAGUUCUGGAGGAGGCUCAGCUGCACCACCUAUCGGUGGCGCACCACCAGUUCCUGGGAUGAAGGCACCUUCAGGGCUUGCACCACCCGUUCCGUCAGGUCCCGCUGCGAAUCGGUUACGAAGCAACAGCGAAGGAGUAUCUGGGUCAGAUGGAGGAGCCAGGGGUCCGGCAGCGCAAUUAGGAGGUCUUUUUGCAGGUGGAAUGCCGAAACUACGCAGUCGCGGCGGAAUCGACACUGGAGCCAACCGAGAUUCACCAUACAUGUCCGAAGGUGAAAGCACGCGACCUCCAACUGCACCAGCUCCCAAACCUCCUUCAGCUCCUCGUCCUCCUGGAGCACGCCCACCACCUCCGCCUUCUUCAGAGUCAUCACCUGCUCCCGCUCUCAAUCCGUUGAUUGCCAACCUAAAGAAGGCUCCCCCACGGCCGGCACCAAGGCCAUCAUCUACAAUCUCUACAACCUCCGCCAAGGGCGCGCCAGACGUCCCCCCUCCUCGCGCUCCUCCACCACCCCCCGGGGGGAGAACGCGAAGGCCUUCUGGAGCCCCGCCGCCUCCUCCCACAGCUGGUCCAGCGGCUCCUCCUCCUCCACCACCACCUGCGCCUAGUUCUUCGCGGGCUCCACCACCUCCUCCAGCUGCACCUGGUCGACCAACACCUCCACCUCCCCCAUCCGGGGCUCCCGCAUCAAUUGCUGCCCAAGCAGCUCGCGCUGCACUUGGCUCCGUCAGCUCCCCAGCGGCACCUCCCCCUCCACCACCCUCUGCUGCUCCAGCAGCUCCUCCACCACCUCCCCCGCCAGUCUCAGCUCCCGCCCCUCCACCCAGCGAGCCCCCUUCUCGCCCAUCUCCAGUUCCUUUGCGUCCGAUCUCAUAUGAGCCUCAGACGCCUUUAGAUCCCAGUGCAUACACACUUACCAAUGGUGGCUCAUCUUCUGCACAUGGCUCCCGCACCGUAUCCACGCACGGUCCAGUCCGAAUAGACGACAGCCGGUUCAAGUUCCAGAGUGAUGGACUACUCCCCAAGCCUCGGCCUUUUACUGGUGGAGAACGCAGGUACCGAGCUGGACGAGGGAGUAGUGUACCAUUGGAUUUGAGCGCGUUGAGUGGCUGA